UCGUCUAUCUGCGUCUCAAGUUAAUUGUAUACGCGUCUCACCGUCUUCAGAAAUAGCCAGCAACAUGGAUCAAAUGCUAAGUCCAAACUUCUCGAUUCCGAGCAUUGGAACGCCAAUGCAUCAGAUGGAGGCUGAUCAACAGAUUAUAGCAAAUCCCGUUUAUCAUCCUCCGGCAAUACCACAGCCAGAACCUGCAAUAUCCGCCCCAGUACCAGUAGCGGGACAACAGCAGCAGCCAGAUGCCAGCAACGCUACAACCGGCGGCAGUGGACUUUUUGGCCACGAACCGUCAUUGCCCUUGGCCCACAAACAAAUGCAGAGCUACCAACCCUCAGCGUCAUAUCAGCAACAGCAGCAGCAGCAGGGACAACCUGCUGGAGGCACUACACCGCAAUCUCUAAUGCAGCCACAGACUCCACAGAGCAUGAUGUCGCACAUGAUUCCCAUGAGUGAGCGCAGUGCGUCAGGAGUGGGGGCAGGAGAUUCCCUCAGCAACAUACACCAGACCAUGGGUCCAGCAACCCCCAUGACACCGGCAACGCCUGGCUCAGCAGACCCCGGAAUUGUUCCUCAGCUUCAAAAUAUUGUGUCCACAGUGAAUUUGUGCUGCAAGCUGGAUCUGAAAAAGAUUGCACUACAUGCAAGAAACGCCGAGUACAACCCAAAACGUUUUGCUGCCGUCAUCAUGCGUAUCCGUGAGCCUCGCACAACCGCUCUGAUUUUCAGCUCCGGCAAAAUGGUAUGCACCGGCGCCAAAAGUGAAGACGACUCAAGACUGGCGGCGCGGAAAUACGCUCGCAUCAUACAGAAGCUGGGAUUCCCGGCGAAAUUCCUCGAUUUCAAGAUUCAAAACAUGGUUGGCUCGUGCGAUGUUAAGUUUCCCAUAAGACUGGAGGGCCUGGUGCUGACGCAUUGCAAUUUCAGCAGCUACGAGCCUGAGCUCUUUCCAGGUCUGAUCUAUCGUAUGGUGCGUCCGCGUAUUGUGCUUCUCAUCUUCGUUUCGGGGAAAGUGGUGUUGACGGGCGCAAAAGUCCGACAGGAGAUCUACGAUGCCUUCGACAAAAUAUUUCCCAUAUUGAAAAAGUUCAAAAAACAGUCAUAACAAGGUUAAGAAAUUAUUAGUUCUGUAAAGUGUGCGUAUAGGGAAAAUAGUUUUUCUAAGUUAAUAUGUUUACUUCGCGUGUAUCUCUAAAUAAAACUAAUUAGUUAGCUGUA